UAAGAGAUGCUGUAGAAGUAUUGUUUAUUCUUAGUUAACUAAAGUUAACAAAUGAAACCUUAUUGUAAAGUGUUACCAUAAAUCCUUAUAAACAGGGGGUCUUUGAUUUGAUUUGUAGGCUUGUUGGAUGAAGUGUAACCUAGGAUUUAAACACCUGGAAUAUUGCAUGAAAAGUAAACUGCAGAUCAUUUUUGGUCAUUUUUGAGGAGAAAUGAAGAAAAAUCAGCGUAAUGCUGCCAUCUAGUGCUUCGUGAUUUGGCAUAACAUUAUUUCCCCCUACGAUGAGAUCAGACCCCUUAAGUUAGAACAGAUGUAUUGAUUAGCCAUAGCUAUAGAAAAGACAUUAGAUUAUGGAUUUUAAAUUAAAAUAAAUAACAUCUCAGCGGUUUUGUCAAAGAUUUGUGAAAGGAGAGUUUUGUAUUUAAUAGCAAUUACUUGUCAUUUGUAAUUAUUUAUUUUUUUCAAACUGUAUUGUAUUGCAAAAAUUUCUUAAACCAGAUUCUUCUAUGUUGUUCUGCUAUAUAAACUGGUAUGUUUGAUUUUUUAACUGGAAUCCUGGAGGAUUUUUUGUGAAUAAAGACCUAAUGAGUUGUAUUAGGAACAUAGAUUGUUUGCAACAAGAGGGCAAAGGUCAACUUAGACCCAUUAACCCUUACACAGCCAGAUUCCAGCUUAGUGGAAUCUAAAUGAAAAUAAAAGGAAUCACUGGAAUCUAUAAUGUUAAUAUUUAUCAUAGCGGAAGCUGAUUAGUUGAAGCAUCUUACAUGUAAACACAAACAUAUUCAAAGUGAUGGAGUUGCUUUAGUAAAAACAGCCAGAAGUCUGACCCUGUAAAUAAGGGUUUGUCAAAAUCUCACUCAUUAGUUUUCAAAGUCUGUUCCCAAAGUGUUUACAGAACCCUCAUUAACUACAAGCUUCCUCCAGAUAACAAAGCUCAAACCACGACUUCGGUGUCAAAGAUAAGAAUAGCUAUGCUACUAUUUUUGUUUCCAGAGACUGUGCGUGGGACAUGGGAGUGAACCUGAGGUUCACUUGAGGAACCCCGAUUUCAAAGGAUCUUCCACAAACGAAAGUCAGAUGUAAAACUUGCCGCAGUCAGUCACCUAUCCUCUUUAGAAACCAAACGAAGAUGCAGGGUUUACGAUAUUUGCUCCUUCUGAUGUCCAUCAAUUUUGCUACUUCCGUUGGGCUUUGCGAGGGGAAAUCUUUGGGUGAAGUCGCCAGUUUGGAAGACGCAAUGUUCAUUCAGGCACAAGAGCAAAACCUUGAGGAGGAAGAUGACUUCAAUUCCAAGUUGGAGAGCUAUUUGGGCUUCAUGAAGGAGGAUUUUUUGAGGAAGCUGAAUUUAUCUGGCGUGCCGCAGGAACACAGAAAGGUUCAACCUCCUCAAUUCAUGAUCGAACUCUAUAAUAAAUAUGCAUCUGAUAAGACUUCCAUCCCUCUGUCGGAUGUCAUCCGAAGCUUCGUCAUACAGGAUGUUAUAUAUUCCACCAGACAUGGGAACAAAACACAACACAGGCUCCUAUUCAAUGUUUCCAUCCCAAAUCACGAAGAGAUCACAUCAGUCCAGCUAAGGCUGUUCACUCUCCGGGAAAGAAGUGAAACCACCUGCACCGACCUCUUCGCAUCCAUUAAUGUUUAUGGCAUAGAAUACAAGCAGAAUACAAACAUUUUACACCUUCUGGAUGGGCGAGACUUAACUGAGUCCAGAAACACAUGGGAGGCUUUUGACGUGACCGGGGCUGUCAGGAUUUGGCACGAUUCUGGACGCGGCGCAGGUGAACUACAGGUGGAAAUCGAACAAGACUGUGAAUCCCUUGACAUAAGUCUGGGUUUAGAGGACAACAGCUCGGCGGUCUUAAUAGUUUUUUCAGACGACCUCGGGAACCGAAAGGGAGAGUCGAUGAAAGAGAUAAAAGAGAUGCUUCUUCAUGAGAAGGAGCAGAUAUUUUUGGAAAAUCACAUCCCUGUGGACAAGCACCCCAGAAAAAAGAGGAAAGCAAAGAACAAUUACUGUCGGAGAACUUCGCUGAAGGUGAACUUCAAAGACAUCGGAUGGGAUAAAUGGAUUGUGGCUCCACCUGAAUAUGAUGCUUAUGAGUGCAAAGGGGUGUGUUAUUUCCCCCUGACGGAUGACGUAAACCCCUCCAAACAUGCAAUCAUCCAAACUCUGGUUAACCUGAGCAAUCCGAAAAAGGCAAACAUGGCAUGUUGUGUCCCAACCAAGCUGGACCCAAUUUCCGUCAUGUACCAAGAAAGGGGUGUCAUCACGGUCCGACACCUCUAUGACGAGAUGAAAGUAGCAAAGUGUGGAUGUAGGUAGUGUUUGGCUGCUUACCCAUGCAUCUGUUCUUGUUUUAUCAUUCCCAUUUGUGAAAUACACUCUUAAAAAUAAAGGUUUUACAGCGUUGCCA